AUGAAGGGACCACUGUUGCGUUCGAAAAAGCUGACAGUCGUCGGCUGCCCUUUCAGAAGAUUCGCAUCGCAACCAUCAGCAGCCAUGGGAGGUACGCAGAAGAGAGGACCAAAAGAUGUCGAACACCAUUCGGCACUAAACCUUCCGCUGUCUUUUCAUCGAGACGGAGGGAGCGACACUGCGAACUGCUCGAUUCCACGUAUUGCAACGAGGAAAUCACAGCGUGAAUGGCCAUGGAACAUAAUAUCUUCCGACGCCGUCACUACAAUAUCGAAGUCAAGGCAAAAUCAUUGCGCUGCUAUAAUCGGCUUGUUAUCCCAUGUCAAUAUUUGA